UGAUUUUACAGGUGAUUUUAUUGAAGUUCAAUAGUUAUUGAAUUAUUAAAGUUUUAAGUGUAAAUAAUAUGAUUUUUUUAGGUGGUCGGAAAUAGGGGGUGGUCGGAAAGUGGGGUAGUUGACUUAGUCAAGAGAACAGUCCUUUGAUGAGCGCGGCAAUAAAUCAGCUUGAUUGUAUGAUCCAGAAACUUUGCAUGUAAACGACACUAUCGAAGUACUUCCACGAUAAAUCCCCAGAUUUAAAGCCUAAACAAAGACAAAAUAAAACUUCGAGUUCCACAACCCCCCUCAAUAUUCAUCGCAUUCUGAGUACAAGCGACUUCAUUUUCAUCUCCACAUCCAUACCUAUCAUGUUGUGACCUCCAACCAUCAAACCCGUCACUUACACAACCCACUCACCACAUUUCACCAAAAUAAGUCACAAGAUUUGUCGAUCCUUCACCUUCUUCCUACUUUAUUGGUAUUUCAAUGACUGCUGCCAACCAUAUCACAGCCACUCUGUCCUUAACACAGCAUUUCCCACGAUACUAGGUGGCGAACUUUCAUUCCUUCAUGAGCCCCUAAACCCCAUUUCCCCACGGGCUGAGCGCAAAACAAUAUAUGUCAAAAGACCAAGUGAUCAUGAGCUAAACAGCAAUACGUUGUUUAACUUCCUUGUAAUAUCUGAGCAUAAUAAACUACCAAGUCUAUCCAAAAUUUCCGUCCACAAUCGCAAGACUUAUUUCUUUACACACCACAAUCUUUUUGAUCAAUCCAGAUAAUUUAUACGUCAUCAAAUCCCCGCCUUCAUAUCCCUUCUCCGAUUCGUCUAAGCGAGCUUGGUUUCUCCGAGUCCUUUGUCGUCCCCUCCAAUUAAUUCUCAUCCCUCACGUUACACAAAGCCACUCUUGUCUCGCCAAGUGCAUUGCCUUUACCAUUUGUGUAAGACAAGCACACAUCAUCCAGUGAGAUGGAGUAAGUUUCUUCAAUUUUAUUCCUCUCGAUCCAUCUCUCACAUUAUUAGCUCACUCUUUCCACAAUGCAGAAAUGAACAUGCGGGGAAUCCUCCAUCUUGCACUCUCGUCUGGCAAGCUACAAAGAAAACAGAGAAUCGUGGCAUGACAAAUUUUGUGAUUAUGAUAGAGUUUACCUCUUAUUCUUGCCGUCUCAACGGAGAUGUGCGUCGUGGUCCGUCAUACCUGGAAGCUUUAAAUAACAGAGGAGCAGCCGUCCUUCCUCUUGGCUUGAUCUUGGUCUUUGUGUUCAUGCAAUUAAUUAAUAUCAAUUGGAACUCUUCAAUUUUGAACAAACCAAACUUGUCGCAAUAAUAUAUCUGCAUUUUUAUUUUGAGAAACAAAAGUUCUGUAUCAAAUUACAUGAAGCUGCAGAAACGAUAACCCAAGACAUCGGCAAGACAGAUUAUCAUCACACAGGCGAAAUAUCCAUCAGAAUAAAGAUGGCCUCACCACAAACACAAACUCACCACAGCCCAUCUCCCACCUCACCCACUUCUCCAACCUCUCCUAUGGGUCUCUCUCACGAUGAUCCCUUCGCCGCCCAACGCAAAGACCCCGCAAACAACAACCCAUUCGCUUCCAAAACCCAGGGCACAAGUCCCAUGAACAUUCCUACGCCCAGUUUCCCAAACGCAACAGACCCACAUUCCGGAUCACCAAAUCAAGAUCGAAGAUUGAGUUCUGAUGAAUGGGACGCUUCAAAAACACCCCCUUCUCGUUUCCAAAAACGGAAAGGUUCAAUCUACGCAACACCAAGUUCUCGCGAUGGUCAUGUUGAUAAGCAUAUCGAUCGUGAUGCCGUUUUUCAUGCAACACAUGCGGAGAAAGGAUACAUGGGAAUUUUCGGUCUUGGUGGGAGUCGCAACAAGGAGGGAGGAAAUCAGGGUGGAAGGAGAGCUAGCAAAAGCGAGUGAUUUGGAUAGGAGAGGGCGAGACUGUGAAGUUGGAAAGAGGACAAAGAAAUUUCAUCCAAGAAGAAAAGAAAUUUGACAUAUAAAUACCUAGGUAGUGUUGACGAAUUAUGUAAAAAUGAUUCCAGAGGGAAGUUUGUAUAAGGAGAGAUAUGAAGAAAAGUUUGGAAAAUACAAUUUCCAUCAUUUAGCGAAGCAAUCUUUAAUAUUUCCACCGCCUGU